AUGUCUGCCACACGUCUCAUGUUUUUGCUCUCUUUCUUUUUCUUUUUCGCGCUGAGCAGACUUAAGGAUAGCAUGGCAGCUGUGCUGGAUCCCUCACAUAAGACAACAAGUGCCCCCAAGAAACGUGCCAACAAGUCGAUCUCACCGCCCGAGUGCGGCCGAGUCAAGCCCUUCCGCACGCAGGACGACGCCGCCAAGGCCAUACCGUCAGCAAUGCUGCAAACAGAGGCUAAAGAGCAACACCAGGGCUGCUGGGCCGGUACCAGCAAGGGCUUCCCAACCCUAGCGACCGCCGAAGCCAGGAAAUUACACGCGCCGAUGUCCCUCGCAAGUUUGAGCUCCACAGGCAGCAAGAAAUUGGGGGCGGUCGCCAGCGCAGUAGGGGUGCCUCGCGCUUCCUUCGAUGACCUCGGUGGCAAAGAUGGCAGAGGCACCAGCGAAGAAUCCAAGAAACCGGCGCAGGCGACAAAAUCCAGUGCAGAAAGGCGCUGCAAUGGAUUUCCGCCACGCUGGUCCUGCCUUUUGCUUCUGGCUCUCGUCGCCGUCUUGCUCACCGCGGUCGCGCUCGCAUUCCUCGUCUAUCUCCUGGACGGCGCAAAGGACACCCCCAUUGUACGGGUGUGCCACACGCACGAGUGCCACGAGUACGGCCGGCGGCUGAGCAGCUCGCUUAACGAGUCGGUGCGGCCCUGCGACAGCUUCACGCAGUUCGUGUGCGACGGAUGGAGGCGCGAGAACGAGCUCGGCACCUACGAGCUACUCGUCGCGCAAGGGCUGGAGUCCGUGACGCGCACGUUGGAUGCCAUAACCGUGCCGCAGGCCCGCAACAGUCCAUGA